GAGUGGCGUCGCGUUUGGUCGAUAUCGGAGUUCGCGUAAUGCGUGAGACGCGGCGGAGAAACGACACGGGGGACGAUGUCGGAGCGGGCGCGCAUCAUCGCAGCAGUCUGAAGUGAGCUGCUCGUUGUCGCUCGUGACAUUAUCGCGACGUGAACGUCGUCAGCGUCAACGGAUCGAGACGCAUUAUCCGUCGCGAGUUUCAGAACGGUUCAGUGCGACGAAGGAAAGUCACGAGGGUGUCGUGUGAAAGGUCAACCCCGGCGGCACGUUUAUCGCGUGUGCGUGUGCGUGAUAUGCCGGCGCGCCCCACCCCCCCUGUGGCACGCUAGCAGUCGUUCUUUGGAAUUAACCCCCUCGAGGUUUUCGGACACGCCGUCGUCAUCCGUUGCAAUGUCCACUACGUAUUGACAGCGCACGAACGGCCAUCAGCAAGGAUGUAUGCGCUGCAGAUGCAAACCGCCUGCCAAGGCGAGGGUACAGGAGAGCCCGAUGAUCCCAGCAGUCUUCACCAGGAACCAGUACGACCUGCCACGCAGGACUGCAGUUCCUUCGACAUCGUCAGAGCCACGCAGUAUGGAGCGUUGGAUCGUGUGACGGAAUUGGUAGAGGCUGGCGGCGACGUGAACCAGCCGGAUUCGGAGACUGUGACACUGUUGCAUUGGGCCGCGAUAAACAAUCGCAAGGAUAUCGUCAAGUAUCUCAUCGGUAAGGGAGCUGUGGUCGAUGCCAUUGGCGGUGAACUGGCUUCCACGCCACUGCAUUGGGCUACACGGCAGGGCCACCUCUCCACAGUUGUGGUGUUGAUGAGAGCGGGUGCCGAUCCAACCGUGAGGGACUCGGAGGGCUUCUCAUGCAUACACCUGGCAGCGCAGUUUGGCCAUACGGCCAUCGUGGCUUAUCUGGUAGCGAAAGGCGUCAAUCCGAACAUGCCGGACAGGAGCGCGAUGACGCCGCUCAUGUGGAGCGCCUACAAAGUCAAUAGUCUUUCUUUUUACAGUCUAGAUCCAACGCGACUGUUGUUGACUCUAGGUGCGUCGCACUCUCUCACCGACAACCUGCACGGUAACUCGGCCCUGCACUGGGCCAUCAUAGCGAAGAACAACGUCGCCAUAUCGACCCUCGUGCAGCACGGAGCGUCGCUGGACCUGCCGAAUUUCCAGAAUGAGACACCGAUGACGCUGCUGGGUCCGCACAUCGGAGCUGCAUGGCUCGGUCAUAAAAUCAGUCACGAGAUUAAGGAGAAGCAAGGUCGCACAAGAACAUGGUGCAGAGAUAAGAGAAUCCGUUGGUACUGCAUGGUCACUACGCCGUUUAUAGCGUUCUAUGUGAUUGGUAUGGUCCUGCAGAGUGGAUGGGAUUAUCUAAUAAAACUAGGUGCCUUCAUCACCCUUUACAUAGCUGUGUACCUAAUGAACCAUUUCGUGUUCGACGAACGGCUGUUCCACAUCUUGCCGAUGUCGAUUUAUCUGGCGACCAAGAUGUGGAUAUACGUCACGUGGAUAUUCUGGCUGGGAGUCCAUGCGGCUUGGUAUCUGUGGCUCUUGCUGGUUGGCGGAUCGGUUCCACUCUGGAUAUGCUUCCUGCAGUCCUGGCGUGGCGAUCCCGGCGUCAUCACGGCUACUCACGAGGACAAAUUAAACACGAUAAUCGAACUGGCUGAAUCCGGCGGGUUCGAGCCACAAUGGUUCUGCAGUAGCUGUUUAGUCAGAAGGCCGAUGAGGUCCAAGCACUGCUCCACAUGCGACCGUUGUAUAGCGCGAUUCGAUCAUCACUGUCCCUGGGUCAACAAUUGCAUUGGUGCGCAUAAUCACAAGUAUUUCCUCGGAUUCUUGGCGUCCCUGUUAGGCCUGUGCAUUGUCAUUCUGUCCGCAAGUGUCCAGUAUUGGCAGUUCGAGUGUUGGUCAAACUUGACGAACGGUCACAGCGCGGACAACUAUCUGGUCGCCGCGGCUACGUGCGACGCCUGGGUGAUGUGGGUGGUUGCUAAUACGUCCCUCCAUUCCUUUUGGGUCGGGACGUUGUUAGCGUGUCAGUGUUAUCAGAUCAUGGUGCUGGGAAUGACAACGAACGAACGUAUGAACGCCGGCCGUUACAAAUACUUCAAGCACGGCAAUCCGUUCCAUCGCGGUGCUCUACAGAAUGCCGCCGACUUCUGCAACUUCAGCUUCUGCGGCGUGAAGGCGAAGCCCAGCUCGGACUGGUUGCACAGCUUCGAUCUCAAGCAGAGCAUCGAGAAGUUGCCGUUGCUCGCGCAGAAAGAUAAUUUCCAGUACGUUUAGAGUUUUAAGAGUCGUGAGACAGUCUUGUGUCUGCUCUGUCGCAGCCGAGAGAAGCUAAUUGUACACGUACACACACACACACACACAAAACAACAACAUAUACACUGGACAUACACACAUACCAUAUCACCUAUGCCUGAUGCGCUCGUCGGGCUACCAAAGAGUUGCCGUGUAUAAGUGAUUUUCCAAAAAUUAGUAACUUUACGCAGACGAUUUCGCUCGCAUACUCUCUAGAGAUAGCUCUUACUAUACAGUCGCUGAACAAUGUCUUGACUUGUACGUCGUGAAAGACUGUUAUAUCUCGCGAAUGUGCAUAUCCCACUCUUAUAUUCUCUACCUGAAGAUAUCGAUGAGCGAUGAAAUGGCUCAGAGUGCACAAGUAUUUUCCAUUCACCGGUAUUUUUUAACUCUUUGUUGCCCAAAUUCUACGCAGAUUUAAUAUUAAGUAAAUUGAGUGAAACGAAUCUAAGCAUCUCUUCAGAGAAACAUUGAGAUAUACGAAUAAGUUUCUGCAUUGUAAAUGCGAAUAAUUUCGAAGUUACAAUCAGGAGAAAAGAGAAGCAGAAAAUUGAAAGAAACAAGAAAUCGAACUAUAAACUUAAAGGUUACACUGGGCAGUGAAGAGUUAACAGGAUAAUCUAGUUUUCUCGACCGACCGCUUCGAUUAUGAAUCGUCCUCUCUUUUUAUAUUUCUAGCGUUAAGCUUUCCUUACUUAACUGUAAAAUAACGAUUCUUUAUUCUCGCGUAUUGUAAAUAUUAAUCAUUUGUCUUGAAUCGCGGUCAUUCAUUGGCCAUUCCAUUGCCUGAUUUCAAUAUUUGUGAUCCGUGAAUAGCAAGCAAUGUCUCGCGCAUCAACGUUGCUUCUCUCUUCAAGAAGUAAACGCACUUGGAACUUGAAAACGUAUAUAUAUUCAAUGAGAGAAUUUAUGAAAGCUGAUUUACACACAAACAAAUUAAUCUGCAAAUUGUGCAAUUAAUUUAUCAUUAUUACGUAACGCAAUGAUUGGCAAUUCGUUACGCGACUCUACACACAAUGUAACGUGCUCCCAAUUAUUGUAACACGUAAAUAAAAAUAAAUAUUAUAAUAAUGAAAAUUCUCCAAAAAGAAGAAAUAUGCAAAUAAUGCAUAAAUAAAAAUUCGCGUAAAGUGCAAAGGUAAAAUGAAUAACAAAAAGAUGUGGCCUAUAUAUAUAUGAUAUAUCGCUAUAAAUGUGUAUAAAUCACGCGAAUUAGAGCGUAUAAAAGAAUCAAAUGCUAUGCAGCAGAGGAGUAGCCAAAAGUAAGCAACUGCAUAACAGAUAUUUAUACUGUUUGAUCUAUUGUUCGUAUUUGUAAAAGAAUUUACCUGAGUUAAGUGCCAUGUUGUGCUUCUUGAAAAAAUGCAUUUACGUGUAUCGAUCCGGCGCCACAAGUUUCUGUUAAAAUCGACUGCUACUUGCUAUUGGUUACUGUUACAAGUGAAAAAAUGUAGUAUUUAUCUCGUUGUAACACAAGGCUCGCAAUCACAAAUCGAUAUCGUGCGUAAAUUAUAAUAUUUAUUUAAGAACUGUUAUAUGUAGCUUGUAACAUCGAUCAUAUCUCGCCAAAACUAUUUAGAUCACGAAAAUGUCGCUUUUUGUAUGUUAGACCGAAGGAAUAAGUCUAGAGACACAACGUACGCGCAACGGAGAGAGAAAUUACGUAACACCACCGUGCUAAUUGCAGCCAGCACAGCGCUCCGUUUGUACUUAUAUUAAGCAUUUGCAACUGCGAUUAAUCAUUCUUCCAAAUUGCAUGUACAAAUUACCGACAGAGAGAGAAAAACGUGCAAAUUAUCGCCUGUACAUUCCAAAACUGUAACAGUAGCAUUUUUAUAACGCAAAAUGUGGAGAAUGUCGUAACGUUGCGUAAAACACCUCGCGAGAUUCUUCUGCGAUCUCGAAUAAGUUGACCACGAGUAUUACUUCUUAGAUGCGCACGCGGAACCGAGGAUCGUAAUACCAAUUUCUUCCGAUCGUAACGUGAACUCUUCCGGGCCUAGAAAAGUGCUUCUACAUUCAGACUUUGGGGUACUUUGCAAGUUACUUCUCUUCUAGAGAGUAAUUUGACGUGACGCUUCUGGGUGACGAUGCAAAGAGGACUGUCUGAUAAGGCCAAUUCGAAGCUUCAAUUACAUUGUUUCACGAUCCUGGUUUCCGCGAGCGCGUGCGAAAACGAACCGAUCAAAAGUUGAGUAUUUUAUUCGCGCAGCGCGCGCAUCUGAUUUGGUAACGUAGAUAUAAGUGUAUAUUUUUAGUUGGUCAGAACUGUUACGCAUCUGUAUUUCUUCUUAAGUACGCGUUAUCGAGUAUAAAAUGCGAAUUCUCUAUCGGGGUUCAACGACUGCUCGUUCGUGCGCAAGCGUACUAUACUGUACGUUUUUCAUUUAUUUGACGCGUCUGCGAGUAAUCGUGUUGGGCUUUCAUUCAUUCUUAUUGCCGACGCGCGUUUAGCAGAUUACCGAUGUGUAACUCGGAAGUUUCGUUCGCUAUUUACAAUAAUCAGUUGAAGUACGAGUUUUUAUGCCCUGAUGACUCCUUGUACAGAACGACGACGGAUGACGAUGACACUUGUGUACAAAAUGUUGAAACAUACAGAUAGUUUUAAUACACCUGACAACGGUCACAUAAUUAUUGCAAAGCGAGUACUCCAUGUCAAUGUUGUUAGCGAAGGUACGUGUAUUAUAAAUAUUAUAAAUAAUAUAGCAAUGUAUAUAUUUUAUUAUACAUACAUACAUACACACAGGGUUUAUGUGUGUGUACGUGUGCGUGUAUAUAUGAAUAUAAAAAGAGAUAUAUGAUCAUAUACUGUAACGACGAUAAUUUGCGUCGAUAAUUCGCGUUGUCGAAGAGAACUGCACUUCGCUACUUCGGGCCGGCUGAAUAUGAAUAUAUUGCGCAUACUUUUGAUUUCUCAAUCUAGUCCAACUGAGAUUAUAAUAGGGAACGACAGCACUUCUGAUAUAUUUUGUAAACGAGACUGCGUUGUGAUUAUCUCCGAUUUAGGAGGGAACUGUUUGUCAAAGCGAAGCUGUAUUAUUACUUUAGUUUGUGAGACGUUUGUGUAAUGUUCGAGGUCGGACACGGUACAAUCUCGUCGCUAUCAGAACUGUGAGAAGAAGAAGAAGCUCUCUGCGACUUUUACACGAGAGCUUCUUUGUGACGAACGAGAUGUGACGAUUGAUACGAUGAUGAUUUCCCGUUUCGUAUUUUCGUGACAUCCCGUGAAAUUGCGUCUGUCAAUAUUGUACCGCGUUCCGUCCGUUCUACGCGAAUCGCAUAAAUACAUAUUGCAUAAGUAAGCAAAACGCGACGGGCCAUUUUUGCAUCCGAAGGAUGCAAGGCAGCGUUCGUAACGUUACGCAACGUUACGUGCACGCGCGCGCAUCUCUAUCGUUGUAUUUUAUUGAACUCCACAAGUAGGAUAAACCUAGCUGUAAGAUUACGAGAAACAAAAGAAAAAAAAACAAGAAAAAACAGAAACUCUGUGGACUCUCCCAAGUAUAAAAUAACUCACGAUGCGGCGACACCACUUUUACCACCACUGUGAUUUGCGCGCGGUAUAUAAUAAAAUAUCGAAUACGUACACACGUAAUACACAUUAAAUGUUCGAAUCGCUGUUGAAUUUUUUGACGAAUUAUAAUAACGCAAUGUAACAACACGGAGAGACGAUACGUCAUUUAAUAUCGCUCUGGAUCUAUCGUCCUACUCUACUCUCUUAAGCUCUAUUCGAUGUAAAUAAAAGUUUAACU